GCCAGCAAUGCGUGGGAUUGAUAUAGAGAUGACUGAAUGGAAACACCCAGAUAUUUAGCUUACUAUUUUAUUUCUGGACAUUUUUAGUGUCCACUAGAGUCCAAACUAAACAUGGAAGGGACGACCUUUACAAGUACUGAACAACUUUAAUGUGUCAUCUUAAACCUACACCAAGCCACGGACAGUCUGAGUAAACUGAGUAUUCUUAUCACUGGACGGUCUCAUUCCAUAUCAUCAAGAAUGCCUGUUCUAGAGAAACCCAAGCAAGAUCAAGAGAAACCCAAAGAGCACAAGGACAGCUAUGUGUUACCCAAGCUUCCAGUGCCUCCUUUGCAAAAGACCACAGACAUGUACCUGAAGUGCAUGAAGCAUCUGGUGACAGAGGAGGAGUUCAAGAGGACCAAGGCCAUUGUGGAGAAGUUUAGAGCUCCUGGAGGGACAGGGGAGUUUCUACAGCAAAAGCUGCUAGAAAAGAGAGAGAAAACGGAAAACUGGGUAUAUGACUAUUGGGUGGAGGACAUGUACUUGAAUAACAGGUUGCCUCUUCCUGUGAACUCCAGCCCUGCUAUAGUCUUCCCACGACAGAAUUUCCAAGAUCAAAAUGACCUUCUCAGGUUUUCUGCUCAUCUAAUUUCUGGAGUUUUAGAUUACAAAGCUUUACUUGAUGCACAUGCCCUGCCUAUAGAUUAUGCACGAGGGCAACUGGCAGGGACCCCACUUUGCAUGAAGCAAUACUACAGACUGUUCUCAUCUUUCCGCCUGCCUGGCCACAAGAAGGACACCCUGGUAGCCCAGAAGAACAGUGUCAUGCCAGAGCCAGAACAUAUUAUUAUAGCAUGCAAAAACCAGUUCUUUGUUUUAGAUGUUGUGAUAAACUUCCGACGUCUCAGCGAAAGAGAUUUAUUCACUCAGCUAGAGAAAAUACUUAAAAUGGCAGAGAAUGAAGAAGAACGCCUUCCACCCAUAGGUCUGCUAACAUCAGAUGGAAGAACUGAAUGGGCUGAAUCCAGGGCAGUAAUCAUGAAAGAUUCUACCAAUAGAGACUCGCUAGACAUGAUUGAGCGAUGCCUAUGUCUGGUGUGUUUGGACGAUCCAAGUGGGAAUGAACUCACUGAUACCAAUCGAGCUCUGCAGAUGUUACAUGGAGGGGGCUAUGAUAAAAACAGUGGGAACCGCUGGUAUGACAAACCCAUGCAGUUUGUUAUAGGGAUGGAUGGGACCUGUGGCGUUGUUUGUGAGCACUCCCCUUUUGAAGGAAUUGUACUAGUACAGUGCAUUGAGCAUCUUCUGAAGUACAUGAAAGGGAGCCCUUCUAAGUUUGUUAGAGCUGCUAGUGUUUGCGAACUUUCUGUUCCUAGAAAAUUACGUUGGAAAUGUUCUCCUGAAGUUCAGGGGCUGUUAGCUUCUUCAGCAGAUAAAUUACAAAGGUUGGUGAGGAAUCUGGACCUAAAUGUAAAGAAGUUUACAGUUUAUGGCAAAGAAUUUAUAAAGAAGCAAAGAAUGAGUCCAGAUGCUUACAUCCAAGUUGCUCUGCAACUGGCAUUUUACAGGUGCCACGGCAAGCAAGUUCCUACCUAUGAAAGUGCUUCCAUACGCCGCUUUCUGGAGGGAAGAGUGGAUAACAUCCGGUCAGCUACUUAUGAAGCAUUAGUAUUUGCUAAAGCAAUGACUGAAGGAAAAUCCACAGUACCAGAUUCUGAAAAGAUGCAAAGACUCUGGGAUGCAAUUAAUGCUCAGACCAAUUACACUAUCCUUUCCAUUACUGGAAUGGCAAUUGACAAUCACUUACUUGGACUUCGAGAGAUGGCUCAUGAGCUGAAGAUGGAGAAGCCAGAGAUAUUUACAGAUGAAACUUUCUUAAUAAGCAAUCGCUUUAUCCUUUCAACAAGCCAAGUUCCCACCACAGCAGAUAUGAUCUGCUGCUAUGGUCCUGUGGUCCCCAAUGGCUAUGGUGCCUGCUACAACCCACAAUCAGAUCACAUCAUCUUCUGCAUUUCAAAUUUCCGAGACUGUAAGGAAACCUGUUCCACCGUCUUUGCAAAAAUCUUACAGGAGUGUCUGGUUGAGAUGAGAGAUUUGUGCAGUAAGUACAACAUGGCAGCCAAGACUGCUGAUAAAAAGGAAGGAGCAGUCAAACAUGUAAAAAAUGGAAGCAAGUCAUAAUAUAUUAUCGUAAAGCCCAAACACCUUACUGUUCGGGUACUGACAAUUCAAUCUGCUUAUCCAUACAUCUGUUGUACAUACUGACUAAAGCGUGCGAAAAAUCAUGGUUCUUUUUUAAAUUCUUUUUUGCAGUUAACAUAGAUGUUAUAGGGUAUUCCUUUUUACUAAUUUCUGUAUUGUAUAUAUAUAUAUAUAUAUAUAUAUAUAAUAACCUGGCCGGCACUCACGGUCGUUCAUUUGCCCCUAUAAUAUACAGACCCAGGACAUAGAAAUUGAUUUUUAAUAACAAAAACACAAACAAACAAACAAAAAUAAACACUUAGGUCAAAUGUAGAGCCUAACUUCACUUUGAACAGGUCCCUGACUAAACACACAGUAUUAACACAGUACUUACUUUUAUAUUGACUGCUCAGAAACAGAGCACACCUUCUGUCUCCUACUCAGCAGUUCAGUGCAGACUAACUGCACCUCUUAAAUACCCUGCACCUGGUUCUAAUUAAAAAUUACUUCCAGGUGCAGGGGAUAAUUAACAAUAAACUAAAUUAAGCAAUUAAACAAAAUGUGCAUAUGCACAUUUUUUAUGCAGGGAGGAUAUUAACCCACUCCCUGCUGUGUUACAAUAUAUAUAUAAAAAAAUAUGGAAAAAUAAGAACCUCCGUGCGUAUAUAUAGUGUACGCCAUGGCUUGCAUAGUAAUGAGCCGCUUCACACUGAAUAAGUCACUAUGCACCACUACAUUCUAAAUUGCAUGACAAACUGCCAUUUUAUUUGUUAUUAGUUACAAAACCACUGCCAAAAAUAAGUGACAUUCCACGUAUUUCCUUUAAGAUAUUUGGGGAUGAAAACAGAUAACUGGUACAACACCAGCUUUCUGAGUGAAGACAGCAGUCCAUCUGACCAAAAAAAAAAAGUGCACCAGCAAUUGUCAAAAGUAGACACAUAACAGUAGAUGAGGAACAUUUUAACAGUAGAAGUGUUAACAUCUCUGCUGACAGCGAGUUUAAAACCAGCAAUAAUGUACUCCUGUCAGUCAUGAAAACUUUCAGAAAAGCAAAUAGACAAGGCACUGUCCCCUGACAUCGCGGUCAGAUUGGUGCGUAAAGUCUGGUUCGAUCUUAAACUUAAUCUGGCACGAUGUGGACACAAGGGUGUUCGACAACUAACAAAAACAUCUUUUGAGAUCCGAAAGGAUGAAAACGGACUUGAAUGUGUACCUCGCAUAUAACGAGGACACAAACUCACCUCAAGAUCUGGCUUCACCAUCCAUCGCAGCUGCUCUCCUGCCUUCCUAAGUGUUAUUUGAAACUCCGCCCAAACCAUCAACAUCAUUAGCUUGUGCUCAGUCCUCUAGUUUCAAGGUGCCACUUUUGAUGCAUAAAUUCACAAUAGAUUAUAUAAAAAAUAAUAUAUAAACCACUUCUGGCC